UUUGUUGUUCGUCUGAGUUGCAGGCGUGCAGCGUCAUUCUGUGUUAGUUUUACAUCAAUCGAUAUAAUCGAUGAUAGGGAAUGUUAGUAUAGCAGUGACCAACAUAACGGUGUGCCGAACAACAUAAUAUAUUGUACCUGAUACUGAUAUACCAGUUUCCACCAAGACCCCUUCUGAUUCUUACUAGUUUGGGAACCCUCGACGUGAAAAUAGAGCCAGUGAAAUGACGUGAAAUCUUGAAUCCGAAGGACAACAUAAUUAGACGAUGGCUGGCGCUAAAGGGUUUGGUAGCGACUUCGCUAGCGGCCAUGAUCGAUGGCUUGCUCUGCAACAGGUAAGCCAGAAGAUACUGAGUCGAGCUGGUACUCUCAACACCAUGGAAGAUCGUGAGCUUGAACGGGUCACAAGACAGUUAAAAUUCAAAGAGAACCUAAAACAAUCUCAGUACGACAUAACGGAGAAACAACUGAAAUCAAACUUAAAAGAUCACUUUCUCUACAACACCGCUUUACAAGAAAGCGUCCGCGCAAAGAACAAAUCUCGGAAACGCCAAGCAUUCUUACCUAGUAUUCCGCCAACCGCAGAGAUGAGGCCGUUUGGACGUUACAGCGGUCGAACCCAUUCCAGAAUGACGUCAGCCAUGAAUCGUCUUGAUCAUAAGUUCUCGCAUAAGGAAGAGGAAAAAACGGCCAAGUUGGUCGUCGAGUGUCGGACAGAGAGUGAUGUCAAUAUCAACAGGAGUCUGACCACUGAACAGAUUCUGACUGCUAAAGACAUGCCACUUUCGGAGAGACUCACUUUUGAAAGCGUGACCAGGUUUAGAGAACUGAUUGGAAAAGCUAAAGCACAAGCGGUCUUGGACAGACUACGGAAGCGAAUAGCAGAAAGGAAGGAGAGGGAGAAAGGAAUGAAAGUUCUCAAAAAAUCGAAGGGUCUGUUUCAAACGGAGACAACACAUUUCACUUAGAAUAUAGCGUUUGAUAUCUUAAAAGUUUAAAGCCCCGCUGCACUUCAUGUUCCAUAUCUACAGCACAAUAAGAAAGAAUCAGAUUGAAUAGCUGGAAAGGGUAUUGUUUUCUAACUGUGUGACAUACAUGAAGGAAUCUCACAUCGAACUAAAAUUCGUAACAUGCAUUUUGACCAUUAGGUACUAGGUGACCAUUUGACUGCCGUUCUAAUUGCAGUCGUAACGUUUGGAAUGUAGACUGAAUAUGAAUAGCCAGAAGAAUGUUUCAUAACUAUUUUUGUCUGACAGUUGUCAGAUCUGACGACUUUCCUUGAUUUUGAUUGGUUCAGAAGCACUGUUACUAUGGGAACUGUCGGAUAAAACAGGACUUUUCUGAAACGCUCCCCCGAAUUCCAAAAACACUAAUAGUGAACAUUGAACCGAUACACAGAUGCGUUUAACAUUCCUGUCUUUGCAUGGGUUUUGAAAAGUGUAUGGUAUUGAAAAUGUAAAACUUACAUAAAUAAUCGAAAUUUUCAUUAAAAAUAUGCAGUGAACAAAUACUUGUAUGAUGAUAUAGGCCUGCAGUGUAAAACGCAUGAUGAUGUGUCUUCAAGCUACAUCUUUUGUUUUUAUAUUUACUUCCUGUCGCAUCUUACCAGCAUUAUUCUAUAUAUAGUACUGCUAGUUUUGUUUUAGUUUGUCUAUGAUGUAAAAGUCAUUUAUAGAAUGGCAACCAUGCAUAAGCAAUUACUGACGCAUGGCCAGCCAGGCAUCCGGUAAAUUUGUCAUGCGUUGAUAAUUACUUAUGCAUGGUAAAUUUACCAUGCGUUGAUAAUUACUUAUGCAUGGUAAAUUUAGCGGAUGCAUGGCUAGCCAUGCGUCGGUUAAAAAAAAAGACUUUCGCCAAAAAAAAGGUCACCAUUCUAUAAAACAAAUAAUACACAGGACUAUUAAGCAUGCGGUAAAUAUGGAAACUAGUAUAAACCCAAUCGGCUGCGUCUCGUGGUUUUUAACAGUCCCAUAGUUACCUCAUGCCCACAAAACCUACUGAUGCACUCACAUCUGUGCAUUAUUUGUAUAAUAUCGUAUGCUUUCUGAUAAAACCUUGAAUACCAUUUUUUUUAAAUAAAUUUGAGGCUUUCAAUUCGCAAAAAAAUCAAAUACAAUGAAGCGGUGGUAUAAUAAAAGGAAAGCAUGAUCUUUAAUACAAACAUAUAUUCAAAUCACAAGUUAAACAUCCAAUCAUUAAAUGUGUGCAAUAUGCAAAUCAUUGACAAUAUAAACAUUAUUUCUAUAUAUAUGUAAAUACAGUAAGGCACUAAUGGUGGUAAAAACACUUAACGUUCUACAUUAAGCUCUGUAAGUGCUGUAUUUGGCAAUCAGAAGUACAUUUACUAUACGAGUUCCCAAGGUGCUGAAUUUAGCACUUUCUUUCUUAGGGUGUGUUUUUAAAUGUAUAUGAGAGUCGUAUGCAAUGAAAUUAUACCUGUAUAAAGAUUCAAAGUUGAGACAUAUUUAUAGUUUUUUAUCGAUAUGCAUAUGUAAAUUGUUGUCUUUACUGUUAUUGCACAUUUCAUGUAUUCUGUCCGAAGAUUAUUUUGAACUGUACAAGAAAAUACACAUUAUAUAUCAUAAUUAAAGCAUUCCUAAUAUACAGCUAAA